AUGAAGUUUGUUCAAAAAGAACCAGACUGGAUGGAGUCGGCCUCCUGCAAGCUAUUUGAAGCUGCCCGCCGAGGUGCCCUCCUUGAAGCCCAGAAUCAGCAUCAGAAGGAGCCAGAAGAGUCUAAAGCCACGAGCCGCACUAGCGACGAGAAAGCCUUGCCGCCAGAGGAACCCGGCAACAAACAACUAACAAAGUCAAAGUCUCUACCUACGGACAAGGCACCCUCUUCUUCUAAAUUGUACACGUUACCGUUUAAACCGUUGUCCGACUUGGGUGUCCGCCGUUCCACUCGAGCUACUCCUGGGUUCCAACGCCUUAGAAGUCGAGAGCCAUCACCACCGCAGUGGUCCAAGGCGAACAGGGCCUGGGAACGAUCGUGGGAUCAUUCGCUCGUGUAUCCGCGCACAGGGAGAGACAGGGCCACAGUCGACAGGGAUGAUAUCCAGCGACUCGACGAAGGGGAGUUCCUCAACGAUAACCUGAUUCUCUGCUACCUGCGGUAUCUUCAACUGAGAACCGAGGCUGAUAAUCCGGCCAUAUCGAGUCGCAUAUACUUCAUGAACACCUAUUUCUUCGAGACCCUCAAGCAGGGAAAGGGCUCAUCCAUCAACUACGACGGUGUGAAGAAGUGGACGUCUAAGGUCGACCUCUUUUCCUAUGAUUACAUUAUUGUGCCCGUGAACGAGAACGCGCACUGGUAUCUCUUGAUUGUCUGCAACCCCUAUAAGCUGCUACCCGCCGCACUUCACCCCGAGGUACCGGAAACGAGCUCUCUCGAAACAGAUAAUGCCCAUGACCGGCUGCCCGACACGCCCUCGGAAGUGCCCUUUUUCGUACUGAAAGAUGGCGAAAAAGAGUCGACCCAAGGGGAACCUCCGGCUUCUGAUAGCCAGGAGAUGAACAGCAAGGAUGCGGGCGAGUCAACAUCGUUUAAAGGCCGCCGAAAAUCCCACAAAGGCCACGCGCCUCCUAUUCGAAAGUACGAUCCUCAGGAUGCUCGCAUCAUCAGCUUAGAUUCCUUGGGCACGGCUCAUUCUCCGGCCUGCAGAAUGUUAAGAGAGUAUCUUCUGGAGGAGAUCAAGUUCCGGAAAAACAUGGAGCCUCCUCAACCGGGACCGAUCGGAAUGACGGCUAAGAAUAUCCCCCAGCAAAGUAAUUUCUGUGACUGUGGCGUCUUUCUUCUCGGCUACGUCGAACAUUUCCUUGCCAAUCCUGAUACUUUUAUCGCCACGCUCCUGCAGAAAGAAAAACCAACGUGGAGCGUUGACCCCUCGAAGCUUCGCGUCCAGAUUCGGGAGACGAUAUUCGACCUUCAUCGACAGCAAAAGGUGGAACUUAGCCUCGAGAACGAGAAGAAACGCCAAGACAAGAAGAGGAGAAACGCUAGUCUUUCGUCCAAGGCAUCUCUAGAUGAGUGUAGCAUUGAGCGGAAUCCCCUACCCCCAAGAGUAAGACACCCGUAA